AUGGUCACCACCACCGCAGCUGAUAGUGCUGCCGCGCUGAACAUGCACACCGAGUCCUCCACAGCAACACAACAAGACUACCGAGCAAACGGCUGCAAUGCACAGCGGAACUCGAAGCAUGCCGGGGAGGAUCCAGCGCAGAGUGCAAGAACAGAUGCCUCGUCUGUUAGGCAGAAGACCAUUGCUGUAAUCGGCACGACUGGGUUCCUCGGUCCGUAUCUUCUAGCAUCUCUCCUCCAAACCCAUACCGGCUCCAACAUUCUCUGCAUCAACAGACGGGCCGAUGGAGAGCAGCGAACCUUGGUAGCUCUCGCGGGCAUUACCGGACAUUGCUCCAGGAGAUACUCCCGCGUACGCUUCCUUGUCGCAGAUAUCACGCGGCAAGAUGUAGGAAUGGGGCUUGUUCAGAACGAGUUGCUCGCCUCUUCUGUCGAUGAAGUCAUCUUCAACGCUUGGAACCCCCACUGGGGCCUGCCGCUAGGAAACUUCCAGCCACUACUGAGUGCCGUGGCCAGCACCAUCGGCUUUUGCACGUCCAGCCCCCGGAAACCUCGCAUAACUUUCAUCUCGUCCGUCUGUGCCGUUGGAGAAUGGCCACGCCAGCAUCCCGAGCAGCGCCUCAUUCCCGAGCGCGUGGUUUGGGAACGUGCCAGCGCCAUGGGCCAUGGGUACGGCCAGAGCAAGUGCAUCGCCGAGCAUCUCCUCGCACGCGCUCACGCCGUCUCGGACCUCAGUGUUGCGAUUGUCCGCGCAGGACAGAUUGGAGGGCCGGCUCGGUCGAGCGCUGCGUAUAACAUGUGGCCAGUGCAAGGUUGGCUGUUCUCGAUCAUCAAAGCUAGCGCAAGAACUGGGUACUGGCCUGCGCAUGUCCAGCCUUUGGACUGGAUCCCGGUGGACGCGCUUGCUGAGGGGGUCGCUAGAGUCGUCUGUGGAGAGUCGAGAGCUAAGGACGUGCAGGUUUUCAACAUGAUGCAUCCGCAGCCUGCUCUGUGGCGAUUGCUGUUUGAGACAUUGCAGAGCCGAUUUGGGUUGAGAGCAACGGAGGUUAGUCUUCCGAAGUGGCUGGACGCACUGGAGCCGGGAGCGGUGAAGCUAGAGACCUUCUUGCGAGCGGCAGGAAGUGGCAGAGAGCACGACAUGGCGGCGGAGAACGGAAACGCUUCAGCCGUCCUGCCUGAGGUGGCACCUAUCACAGAGAGUCAACUAGUGGCAUGGAUAGCGGGGUGGGAUUUGAAGCUUGAACACAACCGGGCGAGGAUAUAG